AUGGCUGCUCAGUUGCAGCAGCUUCAGCAGCAGAUCGAGCAGAUGCGGAAGGCUCAACAAGAUAGAGAACCGCAACCACGUCCUUCUAUUGGAGACAAGGACAAUCCGCACACCUUCUAUCAAAACCGGUCUGCGAUUGUCCCUCCAAACGUGCAGAGGCAAGACUUCGAGAUCAAGCCCGGCAUGAUCGCUCUAGUCAAGGAUCACAUCUUCCAUGGACUUCCUGCUGAGAUUCCGGGGACCAUAUCCAGAACUUUGAGGAGAUAUGCAGCACGACUGAGCGCUUUCCUGGACCACUUCUACACGAAGUCCAAGAAUGCAGCUCUAAGGACGAAGAUCGCAUCUUUCCAGCAGUAUGAUGGAGAAGCUUUCUGCGAAGCAUGGGAGAGAUACAAGGAGUGCCGAAGAGAGUGCCCUCAUCACGGAUACUCUGACGAGCAGAUCCUGAGCAUCUUCUAUGAUGGAGUCAACUGGGACUACAGAACGCUUUGA